GACAAUGAACGCACACACACACACAGACACACACAGACACACAGACAGAGAGGACGACAAAAGGAGCUGAGAUGUCAUUUUCAAAGUUUAUCGCAAAGAAGUGUGGAGACAUAGUGAGGGAAACCGUCCAGGACGCUCUGGGUGGUGGAGACAAAGACGAAGACGAGAAGGACAAAGACAGCGGAGGAGGAUUCCUGUCUCUGUUUGGAGGAGACAAGAAAAAAGACGACGACGAAGACGAGAAGGGAGGACUGUUCUCGUUUGGAGACAAGAAGAAAGACGAGGACAAGGGAGGUUUCUUCUCAAAAAUAUUUGACAGAGACGACGACGACGAUGACGACAAAGGAAAGGAGAAGAAAUCUGGUUUUGCUGGUCUCUUCAGUGAACAACAGGGAGGGGGCGCUGCUGCUGCUGCAGGGUAUGAGGAGGAGGGAGGAGCUGCAGGAUGUCAGAAUGUCGGAGUCAGUGACGGAGAUUUGUUCAGUGACCUGAUGGACGUCGCACAAGAGACGUCCAAAGGAAACUAAAGUGAGGCCGACAUCGCGACUUUGUGGUUGGAAGAUAAAGCGAAGAAACUGGUCUGAACGCAGCUGUCGUGAAAGACUGAACCCAAAAACACGCAGGUUCACUCAAAACAUGGUGACAUCUGUUAGCGCCCCCUUCUGUUCAACACCACCUCUUUUAUUAUUCUGUUGGCUAAUGAUAUGCUAGUUAUUAGCAUUAGCCGUUAGCUUGUGUAGCAUCAAAAUGCUCUGCAUAUUUGCUAACGUAAAGCAGCUAACGUAACAUUGUUAGCUAACGCUAACAAUGUUACGUUGAGAUGAUAUGAAGUGAUGUUCUUUUAAAUAAACGACAGAGGCAGCCCUUUUAUUUCAACGUCAACAACAUACAGGAAGUAAAUAGACAUCUUUGUUUGUUUCGUCCUGUGCUGAAGUGUCAGUGUCCAUCAAGAAGAUGACGUCAUGAAUUUACCCUGAGGACAAAAACGUUCUGGAAUAAAGAUACAAAUUUGACAUUUCAAACAA